AUGGGUUGCGAUAUGAGUUUUUUAUCGAAAGCUAGGCUUUCGAAAGAUGGUGAUGAGACGGCAGCAGGUGGCGAAGUCUUUGAAAAAAGAAUAUUACUUUUAGGCUUAGAUAAUGCAGGCAAAACAUCUCUGUUAUUUCACAUGAGAGAUAGUUCAUUCAAAGACACUGUUCCAACAGUGGGUUUAAACAUUGAGCACAUUUAGUAUAAGCGAUAUAGUCUUACAUUUUGGGACGUUGGAGGUUAAAUAACCAAACUUUGGAGGCAUUACUUUGACAAGAUUGACGGAGUUAUAUUCGUGAUAGAUAGCACUGACAAAGUCAGACUGUAAAAGGCGAAAUUAGAACUGGAAAAGCUAAUGAUUGACUAAAGUAUUGGCCAGGUUCCAUUCUUAAUUAUGUAUAAUAAGAAAGAUAUUGCGGAUAAAACUAUGAGCUAAGAAGAUUUAAAUCAGUCGCUGGCUGUUGAAGAAAUGCAGCAACAUAGGCCUAUCUGCAUUUAGGAUUGCUCUGCUUUAACUGGCAGUGGAAUAUGGGAUGGUAUGGAUAAAAUGAUUAACGUGUAUGAAUAAUUGAAAAGCUAAGCAACUAAUAAUGCAGAGAUAUUAAAUACAUCGAAGUAAUAAGCAAAAUCACUUCCAUCUGAGCCUUCUAAAAGAUGA